UAGAGGACUUGAUCAACUAAGCCGCCUUGUCUGUAACCUGCAUCUCUUCUGUCGCAGGCCUCCCUCCAUAUAUAUGUGCGAGCAUCAGAGAAGCCACAGCAGAGACCAGGCGAUCAGAGAGGACACCAUCUGCGGGCACAGCUCCUCUCUUCUCGGCAGACAAUGAAUUUCCACAGUGCGACGCUGAUCUCCUUGUAUCUGCUGAUCUUAAGUGGCUGCUGGAAGACCUUGGCCGUCUCCAACAUCAGCCUGAGAACCUUCAUUGGCUGCGCUGUGCGGGAAUUCACCUUCUUGGCAAAGAAACCCGGAUGUAAGGGUUUACGCGUCACCACUGAUGCCUGCUGGGGGCGCUGCGAGACUUGGGAGAAGCCUAUCCUCGACCCUCCCCACAUUGACGCUUACCACAGAGUCUGCACCUACAAUGAAACAAAGCUGGUGACCGUGAAAUUACCAAACUGCUUCCCCAACGUGGAUCCCUUCUUCACUUACCCCGUGGCGAUCCGAUGUGACUGCGGCGUCUGCUCCACCGCGACUACGGAAUGCGAGACCCUGUAAGGCAGCGUUCCUCAACCCCAGUCCUCAGGGCCCACCCGCCUGUCAUAAUUUGAGAAUAUCCGCGUGGUAAGUCCUGAUGUAUCGACACCAAUUGCAUCACCUGCUCAAUACUAUGGAAAUCCUGACCGGUAGGUGGGCCCUGGGGAGCGGCGGUGAGGAGCCCUGCUGUACGGAGGCCGUAGAGGCUGCGAGAUGGUCUUCAUGUGAGAGGAGAACCGUGGUUACUACUUUUAUAGAGCAUGUAGAGGUAGUAGUAGUGCGCCUGUCAAAUACACGGUAGGCAGCCGUAGUCUUUUCUAUGUUCCAGUAAUGCCACAGAGUCCUAAUAUAUUAGGGGACUUUUCGGUUUUAUGUAGAGUAUGCUUAUUCCAAUAUUUUGUAUAUCCGUUCACUGACCGCACCGGCUGGAGAAAUCUGUCCUAAUUUGUUAGGCGAGAGCCUUAAAUAGAGAGAGCUCUAAAAUAGGUGACCCCCUUUACGUUUCUUUACGUAAAACCAGAAAUUGCUUCAUAUAUAUGCAUUUCCUCUACAGUCACCUGUUUCUGAGUUGUGCUGGGUAAAGUCUGGUUAAAAACCAAA